GCCGCAUUGUUGCCAAGCUAGCAUGUAAAGUGAGUGUGGUAAAACUAGUCAACCCCAAUUGUGUCCAGUAAACGCAGCUCAACCCAAGGGAGAUUUCUGCUUACAAUGUGACGUGCGCGGAAGAAACUAGCUUCUAGUGGGUAGAAGGAGUCUGCCGUCGUCUUUACUGCAGAAAUGGACUGGGCCAUAGUCCCUUGACGAGCCGCCAGAACAGUGUCAGGAAAUGUGAUGUUAGAAGAUGCAGAGCAAGAAAACCGUGUGAAAUAUGCUAACACUUUAGCCAUGGUCCAGAAAACAAAUUUCCGACAACUUUCUAGAGCUCGACAGGAGAGCGGAUUGGCCAUGUGGGUGGCCAACAGGACGGAGGCCAUGAGGGCUGUGUGCCUGGCUUCCAGGUCAAAAACUACCAGGUGGUGUACAGUGGACCUUUCCGGAAAGGCCAGCCGCUUAUACAAGGUGGACGGGGAUCUGAAUCUGGUUCCACAUCAAGACGUCCUGUACAGCAGGCCGGUCCUCUUCAUCCAUGGGGUCAGUGCACAUGUAGAUGACAUGGCACAGGUGGAAAUUGCUGGCCUGCCAGUUCAGUCGCCGCACACUCUCAGGAAUAUCCUGGGUCUUGGUGAGACGCUGCCAUACAGAUCUAAAAGAUCCCUGCUGGUCCCUCCUAUGAUUGUAACUGAGAACCAGAGAGCUCCCUUCCCCAGGCCCAUUGGCAGGUCUCAUGUGAUUUCAACAGAGAAGUCAGGUAACCACAUCUUCCGACUGACAGGCCCUGGUGCUGACCAGGAUCCCAAAGGUCUCUUCAUCAUUGACAUAGACACAGGAGAGGUGUCAGUCAGCCGCUCACUGGACCGGGAGGCCAUUGACUCCUACCAGCUGGAGGUAUCAACCACAGACUUUGCUGGAAACCUUGUCGAUGGACCCACCUUACUACUGAUCACUGUCAUCGACCAAAAUGACAACCGGCCCAUCUUCAAAGAGACACGUUACGCAGGAGAGGUGCUCGAGGGAUCGCCUACAGGAACUACAGUGAUGAGAAUGACGGCAUUUGACGCAGAUGACCCCUCCACAGAUAAUGCCGCGUUGCGCUACAACAUCGUCAGGCAGUCACCAGACAAACCGUCCCCGAACAUGUUUUACAUCGAUGCAGAAAAAGGCGACAUCGUCACCGUCAUCUCCCCCACAUUACUUGACAGAGAGACCCUGCCAACCACAACAUAUGAGUUAGAGAUUGUGGCUAAGGACAUGGCAGGAAGUGAGGUGGGCCUAACAGGAACAGCCACAGCUACCAUUACCAUCACAGACAAGAACGACCAUGCCCCUGAGUUCACACAUCCGCUGUUUGAGGCAUCUGUGAACGAGGGCUCGACGGGGGUGGUGGUCAACCUGACAGUAGACGACAGAGACGAUCCAGCCACAGAAGCGUGGAGAGCUAUCUACUCUAUAAUUAACGGAGAUCCUACACAGAGCUUUGAGAUUCAAACCAACCCAGACAAUAACGAGGGAAUGCUGUCAGUUGUUAAGCCUCUGGACUACGAGGCCACAGCGUUCCACACGCUACUCAUCAAAGUAGAGAAUGAGGAUCCUCUGGUUCCUGAUGCUGGCUACGGCCCCAGCUCCACAGCCACCAUCCAUGUCACAGUCCUGGACGUCAACGAGGGCCCUGUCUUCUUCCCCGACCCCCUGACAGUAACCAGGAUGGAAAACAUCCCUGUGGGCAGCUUUGUGGCCUCGCUCAAUGCCACAGAUCCAGAUAUAUUACAGAUACAGAGCAUCAGGUACGCUGUUCUGCGAGACCCAGCAGGCUGGCUGAGUGUGAACCCAGUCAGAGGAACUGUCAACACUUCAGCCCCGCUGGACCGUGAGUCUCCUUAUGUCAAGGACAAUAAAUACAAAGCUAUCUUCAUCGCCACAGAUAACGGCAACCCUCCAGCCACAGGUACUGGUACAUUGCUCAUCCACCUGGAAGACUACAAUGACAAUGCCCCCUAUGUUGUCCCAUCGGUAGCGCGAGUAUGUGAAGAUGCCCAUGAUAUGAAUGUGGCCAUAGUUGGGGGACGGGACAAGGACCUCCCACCCAACAGCGCACCCUUUAAGAUAGAACUGGGAAAACAGCCCGGUCUAGACAAAACAUGGAAAGUUACCAGGGUCAACUCCACACACUCCCAAAUCAUGCUCUUGCACAGUCUGAAGAAAGCCAACUACCAGCUUCCGUUGCUCAUCACCGACUCGGGGGUUCCCCCUUUGUCCAACAACACAGAGGUCAAAGUUCAGGUGUGCGUCUGUAAGAAGAACAGGAUGCACUGCAGCUCUGCCCACUCCCACCGCGCCAGCCUUCUCGUGCUGCUCGCGGCACUCCUGCUCGCCCUACUCUGUUGGGAUGAGUCCGCCUACAGGUUGGAGAUUGACCAUGUGGUGACCUGAUGCAUGCAGAACAACUUGGAGCUGAACGCUCUAAAGACAACCUGACCUCAUCACCCUGUGCAACUCUCCAGUCAACACAAUGGGAUACUUCCACUUCCUUCACCAAGACAUGUUGUGUGUAAAAACUUCUCUUCUAUGCAUGUGCAUAAACCACAUUUAUUCAUCUGCAUCGGCAAUAAACACGAUGCAUGUGGGACACUUCCCCACAGGCACACACUUCUGAGAGCCUCAUAGUAGAGCCACUCAGCUACAACAGACAAGGUUGCCCACAAGGUGCCCACAUUUAUGGCCCUCUCAAAGGGCCAUAAAUGUGGGCUUCUAGUGAUUGGGAAAGGUUUUGUACCCUGUCUUUCUCAGGAGAGAAACUGAGAGUCUGACAGAAGCUUCUCAUGGCUGGUUAGCUCUGAUUACCAGCUGUCCAUCUCCGUCCAUGCUACACUGAGCAGUGGUCAGUCAGCCAUGUCCCCUGACCCCCCACGUCACACGCAACAUAUCCAAGAGGCGACACCCCAUACAGUUUGCUCUCUCGCUCCUCUGUUGCAUUUUAUACAUAUGCUGGGAGGGAGGCUUCUAGUAAAAUUUGAGUAUGUAGUAACCCUUUAAAGGAAUCAGUAGGCAUUUGGGGGAAAAAAAGAGCUAGAGCCAGGAGACAAUUAGCUUAGCUUAGCUAGUCAGAAAUAGCUAGCCAAGCAAAGUUUAAAAACAUCCACCUGUUAUAUUGAAAUUGUUAAUGUAAGGUAAAAAAAAAAAAAAAAAAAAAAUUUAUUGUUUGUGCUGUGACAAUUUAGUUUCCCCCUGCAACUAAGUCUUUACUCUUUAACUCUCUGUCUAACUCUUUACAAGAAAGCAAAUAAGGGCAUUUCCCAGAAAGUUGAAUUAUUCUUAUGAUCAGGGGCAUGUGGUCCAUUAAGGCCUACCCCUCCCACAAUUCCAAUUGUGAAGUACAUACAUUAAUUCAAAUCGUUUUUGUAAUUGUUGUGUUGUGUGUGUCUAUAGAAAUUUUAGUUGUUACUCUGACAUAAAUAAUGUAUGAGUACAGAAAAGUGCAAUGACUAAUGAAAAAGCGCUGACUACAUUCUUUAUCAG